UCCACCACCACCUCAACAGACACAGACCAGAGCAUCGACACCUCCCACGUCCCCCUCUACAAAUUUAUUUGGUACAAACUCGGCAACACGUGGCAACGAUGGGCCACGAACCCGUACAACCUGCAUCCGGCCUGGCACCUCUUCAUUAUGAUUCUGCUGCUGGGCUGGAUAGUGGGGAGUUCGGUCUGUGGUGUGUUUGAGGUGGGGAAUGAUCAGGGGAGUCUGCGGAUUGCGAGGUUUUAUAGGGGCGCGUUGGGGUCGGUGCCGCCCGUGAUUCAGUUGAUUUUGUUUUUGUAUCCUCCGCUUUUUGUGCAGUUUUAG